AUGGGUCUCGAGGCGGUAAUGAUUGUCGUGGACAAUAGCGAGAGCAGUAGAAAUGGAGACUAUCAACCAACACGGUUCGAUUCGCAAGUCGAUGCCGUCACCGUACUCUUCCAAAGCAUCACUCACGGUAACCCCGAGUCCUCCGUUGGACUGAUGAGCAUGGGAGGCAAAGGGCCCGAGGUGCUGGUCACUCUUACCACAGAGCAAGGCAAGAUCCUCGAGGGAUUGCAUCGGACAAAGAAAAAGAUUGGAGGCUCCUCCCACCUCAAAACGGGUAUUCAAGUUGCAACACUCGCCCUCAAGCAUCGACAAAACCGUUCCCAGAGACAGCGAAUAAUAGUCUUUGUUUGCUCACCCAUUGAGGAAACCGAGAAGGAGCUCACUCAACUGGCCAAGAAGAUGAAGAAGGGCAAUAUAUCGGUGGACUUUAUUUUGUUCGGCGACCUCGACGACGAUGCCACGCAGAAGAAGUUGCAGGCCUUCAACGAUGCCGUCAGGGGGAAUGAAGGCUCGCACUUGAUUGUUAUCCCGCCCAGCAGCAAACUUCUCAGCGACCAGCUUGUUGCCACUCCGAUACUGCUAGGCGAGGCUGCUUCAGGAGCUGGUGCAAGCGGUGGUAUUGAUGGUGGCAAUGAGGAAUUUGAGUUUGGAUUCGAUCCCGCCAUGGAACCAGAGCUUGCUCUCGCUUUGCGCAUGAGCAUGGAGGAAGAGAAAGCUAGGCAAGAGAAGAAAGCACGUGAAGAAGAAGAAGCGGCCAAGAUGGCGUCUCUCGAGGGCAUAAAAGAGGAAAAUGAGCCGGGCCCCUCUGGGAGCGGAGACAAGAAGGAUGGCGGCGAUAGGAUGGACACCUCGUGA